UUUUGGGGGGAAGGGGUGGAAUAUCAAUUUUUAUUGCAUCACCUGUCAGGAGUGUCCAAUCAGCGUUGGCUUUAGGGGAAUUAAUUGAUGAAGGUGUCUCCGGACGAGCUCACUUCACUCUGUCAUUUUAUUUGUAGCUAAAGCAGCGACGGGAAUAGCAGCUGCAUUUCUUUUCUCUUUCUCCCUUCACAUUCCAUUAUCAAAGUGCUCCAAUGGAGAAGGAAGAAAUAGAGGGGCCCAGGUACUGAUCUGCAUCUGGGACUUACACUAACACACUGGCAGAUCAGAAGCCGGAUGGUUUUUCCCCUCUUUUAAAAAAACGAAAACCAAAAAAACAAAAAGGCAAGAAUCAAGUUAGUGUAAUUUCACGUUUGUUGUUUUUUUUUUAAUCGUUUUUUUUGUGUGUGUGUGUGUGUCCCCCCCCCCCAUAAUUUCGCCUAGAGUUUGGCACUCCCUUCGCCGGGAAUAACAGUCUUUGUUAUUUUAUUAGCAGGAUGCCUUGAGACACACGCAGCAUCUGGUGGAGGAUUAACAUACAUACAUGUGUAUGUAUGCGUCACGUAUAUAUUUGCUGCAAAUGGUGGGGAUCAUUUAGUGCCCGAGAUGGGAGACCUGAAGUCAGGUUUUGAAGAGGUGGAUGGCGUGAGGCUCGGCUACCUCAUCAUUAAAGGAAAGCAAAUGUUUGCCCUCUCCCAAGUCUUCACGGAUCUGCUGAAAAACAUCCCGAGGACGACCGUGCACAAGCGCAUGGAUCAUCUCAAAGUGAAAAAGCACCACUGCGGUCUGGAGGAGCUGCGGAAACUCAAGGCCAUCAACAGCAUCGCCUUCCACGCCGCCAAAUGCACGCUCAUCUCCCGGGAAGACGUGGAAGCGCUCUACACCUCCUGCAAAACCGAGCGGGUCCUCAAGACCAAGCGCAGGAGGGCCGGCCGGGCCCUGGCCACAAAGCUGCUGCCCAGGUCCUACAAAGCCAAAGCGGCCACGGCGGCGGCCGCCGGGGCCACUUGCCUGGAAAGGUUUCAUCUGAUUAACAGCUUCUGCCCACCUCCCCACCACCACCACCACCACCAUCACCACCACCAUCACCACCACCACCACCACCACCGGGCCCAGCAGCCGCUGCAGAGUCACCACCCGCCUCAUCACCACCGGCCGCAGCCCCAUCUGGACAGCUUUCCCGAGAGUUGCAGCAGCGACUCGGAGUCUAGCUCCUACUCGGACCACGCAGCCAACGACUCCGAUUUUGGCUCCAGUUUGUCCAGCUCCAGCAACUCUGUGUCCUCGGAGGAAGAGGAGGAGGGAGAGGAGGAGGAGGAAGAGGAGGAGGAAGAGGAGGGGGUCACUGGGGCCUCGGAUUCCAGUGAAGUCAGCUCGGAGGAGGAGGAUUCAUCCUCGGAAUCGGACUCCAGCUCUGGCUCCAGCCAAGUGUCAGUGCAGAGCAUCCGUUUCAGGCGCACCAGCUUCUGCAAGCCGCCCAGCGUGCAGGCGCAGGCCAACUUCUUGUACCAUCUGGCCUCCGCCGCCGCUGCAACCCACCCCGCUGCUUUCGAGGAUGCCGGCCGACUUCCCGACCUCAAGAGUAGUGUCAAAGCGGAGUCAGCGGAGGAAUGGCCUCUGCAGAGCUGGGCCCCCAAACCGUCUCCGGUGUACUGCUCAGCCAGCCUGGGGAGUUGUUUCACAGAGAUAAGGAACGAUAGGGUAUCUGCGAUUACAUUCCCACACUCUGAAAUUUCCAGUACUGUAAAGAGAACUGACCUGACAAUUAACUGCCUGGCAGAGGGGGACUCUUCACCUAGCCCAAAGACAAACAAUGUAUUUCCACAACAAAGAAUACUCCGAGAAACUAGGAAAUGCCUGCAAGCAACUCCUACUACACACUGUGCAGAUAACAACACAAUAGCUGCUAGGUUCUUCAACAAUGAUUCUUCACUAGCAGCAGCAAAGUCAGAAAAAGAUUCCAAAAUCCCCCCUUGUGUUGAAUUUGCUACGGAUUUGCCCUCUUUGCAGACUGAUCCUGGAGCGGAUGCAGCAGCAGCAACGAAAGCAGAGAAUCCCUGCACUGACACAGGCGACAAGACACUGCCACUUCUGCACAAUAUUAAAAUCAAAGUUGAAGACAAUAGUGCUAAUGAAGAAUAUGAACCUGACCUUAUUACAAAUAAGCUAAAGUGCGAGUGCAAUGAUACAAAGGGUGAGUUUUACAGUGUGACUGGGAGUAAAGAGGAGGAUGCCUUGCUAACCACAGCCAAGGAAGGGUUUGCAUGCCCUGAAGAAGAAACUCCUUCCUUAAAGCCACUGGCUCUGAGACAGGGCCUUUCAUGCACUUUAGGUUCUCCAAAACCUGAGGAUGGGGAAUAUAAAUUUGGUGCCAGGGUGAGAAAAAAUUACCGGACACUAGUCCUGGGAAAGCGACCUAUACUUCAGACACCUACAGUCAAACCAAAUUUGAAAUCAGCUAGAAGUCCUCGUCCUACAGGUAAAACUGAGACACAUGAAGGAACACUGGAUGAUUUUACAGUUAUAAACAGACGCAAAAAGGUAGCCAGCAAUGUAGCGUCAGCAGUGAAAAGGCCAUUUAAUUUCAUGGCAAAUUUUCCUUGUCCACCAUCACUCACUAUUGGGAAGGAUGGGGAUUUGUGGCCUGCAUAUUCCUUAAACACCACUAAGGAUUCCCAACCUCCUCACAAGGCCCAUCCUAUCUGGAAAUGGCAGCUGGGCGGUUCUGCAAUACCUCUUCCACCUAGUCACAAAUUCAGGAAAUUUAAUUCAUAAAAGUGUUUUGGAAGAUAUUUUCUUGAACCAUAUUACCUUCCUUUUGUUGUAAACUGCACAGGAUGGUUUGUACAAGUCCAUUAAUAUGUUACACCCCUUUUGGAGUCCUGGUUUAUCACAUUUUGAAGACAGAAAUCGGAUUACUUUUUUUUUUCCCAUUGUGGGUUUGUGUGUGUGUGUUUUUUUUUUUUUUUGUAGUAGGGUGGGGGUGGGGUGGGAGAAUGCUUGGUUUACAUUCCACAGACUACUUCAGGCUAAAGACUCAAGUAAAACUCAGUUAUUACGGUAGAGCUGGAACACUUUACUGUUUUAAUGCUAAUAAUGCACCCGGUACCUCAAUUCAACUGCUACAAAUAAAUGUCAAAAGGUUGAAUAAUAAAUAUUACAAUGAGCCAUUAAGUUUAUGCACUAGAUUUCAGACCUGAAAGUGUAACUUCAUUCAGUGAAAGUUUGUUAGGUUACAUAGUUACACAGUGAGGUAGCAAGAAGUUUCUGUGAGCCCAAAAUGUUCUCUUCUGGAGCUCCUUUGUGGGGUAUCUUUUUCCUUUUCUCCCCUCAUUCCCUCUCCAAAAGUAGUUGCACUUAAUUUUUCCUUUUUUGAGUGGAAAGAUGGGGAGUCCUGAUUGAAUGCUGGUAAAAGCUGCCUCAUAUAUACCGAGUAAAAUAAAUAUGAGAUUGCAUUUCUUUUGUAAAGGGUGUGAUUUUACUUUUACAGCCACUCCUUGCAAUUGGAAGAGUCCUUUUUGUGUUCUCACCCAAAGGUUUUACAUAAAGUGACUAGUACCUUCGUCCUGCUUACCUUGUAGUCUGAACAUGACUCCUCAAGCUUGCAAAACAAUUAAAAUUCAAACUUGCAAAACAAUUAAAAUAUUUCUCUUUAGAGCAGGAUAUUUUAUGGUCUGACUCCUCAUGGUGUCAAAGCAUUAAAAACUCCCAAGAAAAGUAAAAUGAAUCAGAGUUAUAAGAAAGCCCAAAUCAAAAAUAACAGUUAUUUCAGGGCUUUUUGGUACUAGAACUCAGGCACUUGGAUUUUAUUACAUUUUACUUUUUCUGCAUCUCUCUAAACUUCUGUUUUCAGACCAUCCUGUGUAUAGAGCAGGAGAGUUUCUACUGCAAGUGACAAUCAGAGGUGACUAUCUAUGUUUGCACUUAAAAUCAAAGUAGUUCAACAUGCAAAUGGCUAGGGUCUAGCCCUUGGUAAGGGCCAUGCUGGUGUACUAUGUUGUGAUGAUGGAAGCAGUAAAUCAAAAUUAUGGAAAUUUGCACUGUUGAAAAGCAUGCUUUAGCUUUAUUUUCAAUUAAAAGCACUGUUUAAAAUUC